AUUCACUAAACGUUCCUGAACGCGACCCAGCCCACUGUGAGGAGAAGAAAUACGCUACAGCCUGCAGUGUUUUGAUGAUAGCUGAACAUUUAACGAUAUUGAAAAGUAAAACCAACCCAAUUCUUUAGCAGAGGAUUUUUACUCUAUGCGUUUGUGAAAGUGUUGCUAAGUAACCUGUCAUCAUCAUCUCCAGGAUCCAUGUCUUUUUUGCGCUGGGUGUCGGAGAAACUCAGUGUGGAAAGCCUGAGGGAUCUGGAGUUAUUUGGAGAGCAAACUCAGGCAAGCCCACUAAGGAAAGCCCAUGAGGACAGUCAGGAGUCUCUGAGCCCUCUCCCACGCAGAGAAACCAUGGGAAGCUUUCUUCCAGACAACAGCGCCUAUGAACUACGCACUGUCAUAGGUCGAGGUUUGGAAGACUUGAUGACAGUGAAUCUGGCCAGAUACAAACCCACAGGGGAGUAUUUGGCCAUCCGGCGCAUUGACCUGGAUUCAUGUACAAAUGAUAUGGUCAAUUACUUACAGGGAGAACUCCAUGUGUCUAAGCUGUUUCACCACCCCUGUAUCCUCCCAUACAAGAGCGUCUUCAUCGCUGAGAAUGAACUGUGGGUGAUCACACCCUUCAUGGCCUACGGAUCUGCACGAGACUUGAUCAGUACACAUUUCACCGACGGUUUGAGUGAGCAGACAAUUGCCUACAUCCUGCUGGGUGUGCUGAGAGCGCUGGAGUACAUCCAUCAGAUGGGCUACGUUCACCGUAGUGUGAAGGCAAGCCACAUCCUGAUUUCAGCAGAUGGACAGGUGUAUCUGUCCGGUCUUAGAAGUAUCUUCAGCUUGAUCCGUCACGGCCAGAGAGCACGUGUUGUACACGAUUUUCCCCAGUACAGUGUUAAAGUACUACCUUGGCUCAGUCCAGAGGUUCUACAGCAGAAUCUUCAGGGAUAUGACUUCCGCUCAGACAUUUACAGUUUGGGCAUCACUGCAUGUGAGCUUGCCAAUGGACAUGUGCCCUUUAAAGACAUGCCUGCUACGCAGAUGUUGUUAGAGAAGUUGAACGGUACAGUCCCCUGCCUGCUGGACACGACCACCAUUCCCCCUGAAGAGCUAAGCAUGAAACCAUCUCGCUCCGGAGCAGACUCUGGGAUUUGCGAGGGCCCCGGCGCCGGUGGAGCUCGCCACACUAACGGAGAGCCCUCAUCCUCCUCCGGUGGAAACCCGUACAGCCGGACAUUCAGUCCUCACUUUCAUGCCUUUGUGGAACUUUGUUUACAGAGAGAUCCUGAGAAAAGACCCUCUGCCAGCUCUCUGAUAGGCCAUUCCUUCUUCAAACAGAUAAAGCGUAGACCAUCUGAGGCUCUACCUGAGCUCCUGCAUCCAGUUUCUCCAAUCAGCAGCCUGGAUUGCAUGCAGCCUCAGGAUUCACCCACUGGAUUGGCCAGUCUGGAGUCUGAUCUCAGCCAGCUGGAUGUGGAUGACUGGGACUUUUGACAUUAAACAGAUGAGAAAUGAAGGGACGAUGGAUUGGACGGAAUGGGAGGAGUUACCGUAAGAAAUCUGAAUGAAAAUUGAAUGAUUUUGUUGUUUUAUGGGAGAAAAAGGGAAGGCUGGUGCUAUGUGAAUGUGACAUUACAAAGAGCUUCAAAGAUAUUACAAGAGACUCUGGAAUGUUUCUUGUUGUUUUUUGUGUAUAUCACUGAAACAAGGACAGACUAUAAAAAAGAAAAAUGAAAAACCAGCAGCCGCCAUAGCCUUGCUAUUGCAUUCAGAAGCAUGAACUGAAGCAAACUCUUACAGACUGGCCAUGUGACAAUGGUGAUCACUUGAGACUUCUAAAACCUGUUUUAUGUGUUUCACCUGAACUAAUGACACUCUAUGAAUGUCUACCAGCUUACCAGCAGUUCCCACGUCUCCAUGCAUAUUUGUCCGAUGAAGCAUAAAGAGCUGUGAGUAAAGUCAACCUAAAGAGCACUGUUCAUUUUAUGGAUGGAUUGUGGGGAUUAAAGCUAUCAUCUAGUAAGUUCCUGCCCCCAGCACAAAUGUUGACGCCAGCAGAAAUUUGCUAGAGGACAAGAUUUACUUUUUGCCUGCUAUCUGGUGUAGUUAUUAGUUUUAAAACAUUAGUUGCAUUUCUGAUUAGGUUUAUUUCUGUUCUUGGCAUGCAUUACAGGAGGGAAUAUUUCUAUGGACCGUCUGUGUAUUUUCAGCAUAUUUACCUUUUGGUCAAAUGAAAUAAAUGGUGCAACUACACAA